CUAAAUGUUUAGUCAUACAUUCAAACUUCAAUGUGUGAUUCAAUCAGCUUCAAUGAACUACCUACUAAUUAAAUGUUACAAAACUUCAUCAUAAAUUGGCUCGUAAAUAUUUCAUUUUUUCAAUUUAAAUUAAAUUUUGUUCAUUUUAAUUUUUUAAAUAUUUGCCUAACUAUCCUCAUCCUCAUGAAGAUUUUGUUAAAGAAGAUGAUAAGUAGGAGCUAGGUACAAUGAAGUUGAAUGGAGAAGUUGUAAAAUUCCAUGUGUAUAAGUAAUUUUGUGAACUCUUAUUGAAAAUUUUUUCCAAAGAUGUAUUCAUUGGCAUCUUACAUAUUAUUAUGUGUAACAUUGUGCUGUUUCCAUAUUCACAUAACGAAGGCUCAACCAGAAAGUAAUUUGUGUGACAACAAAAAAUAUCAAGCUGUUCUUUUUGAUCUAACUAGAAAUGAAAGCGGUUCAGCAUGCCCAGCUACCACCGAACGAGAGAAAAAAUUUAACAACGAAGUUUCAAUCACUGGUAGAAGUCUUUUUUUGCAAAUUGUUUACAGACGUAACGAAGCGAAAGAAAAUAUCUCAUUAGAUAUUUGUGAAAAACCUCCCCAACCAGCUAUGGUUUAUGAUUCAAAACAGGGUACCUAUGAGAUUGGUUAUGAGUUCUAUUAUGAAGAAAAUAAGAUUCAACUGGAAGAUGAUAAAUAUCACUGUUAUAAUUCAGUAAACAUUAAUAAUUACUCAAAAUCCUCAACCGAUUUCGUUUCCCGUGGCCAAGAUGGUAAAAAUAAUACUAAGUUCAUUUUCGUCGAUGGAUCUACAACGUUGGUGUUUCAUUGGAUAUCAGAGUUAUCAAUUAAUUCAACAGGAUAUAACAAACACAUCAAAUGGAAGAAAGAUAUUAGUGUUGUGAAAAACAAUACAUUAUCCAAAUGUCAAGAUUAUCAAUUAGACGAAUGGGGUGAGACAAACGUACAGAUAUCUCUGGCAAUGAAGACUGGCGAAGAACGAUCACAUGAAGUUCUGAAAAAAUCACAAAUAAUUCCACUAUGGUAUUUUGACACAUAUUCGAGUAGGCUUGCUUCUUGUUCGCUCAUGAAUGUUAUUCUGGUAUGGAAAAAUAUUGUCGAUCAUCUGAAGAAAGUUGAUCUUUUCAUUGCUGCAGCAAUUUGUGUUUUAGAAAAAGAGUAUAGUCGAUUGGAUCAGACUGUUACCUUUGGUGUUAGUGGCGAGUAUGAACUAUUCAACUACACAUUGGACGCUAAACACCAGAAAAUUCAUAUUGCAAAAAUAAUAUACCGGCUGAUCCAAGGAUCGUUUUACGAUGACACGUAUACUGCUGCAAUUAUAAUACACAAUGAAGUGGGUCACAUACUCGAUAAAGAUAGGCUAUGCAAUAGUAGUAUGACGCUUUCGGGCUGGGAUGCGAUUAAAAAUGAUGACCCUAAAGUUGGAUUAACCUACGUGUGCCCAUUGACAGAAGAACUUAAAAACAAAUUAAGUAUUGGUGAAUAUUUUACAUCACCUAUACAACUGGAUGCAAUUCCCUACUCUGAAAAUCCUUGGUGGGAAGAUACCUAUCCCAUAAGAGAUCAUGAUGUUAGAAGUGAAAUAAACGGCGAGUUUGAAUGUUUAUGGCAGCGUGUCGGAAUUGAAAAUCAUCACAACCAAGCUUCUUCCACCGAUAUACCUCCAAUUGAAAAAUUGUGAAACGUGGGGUUUUGGAGAAUUUUAAACGGAAGCUAUGUCAAAGUAACUCUCAACUUCAAACAUUUUGAAAAUAAAUUCCAAAGAAUGAUCAAAACAGGCUGACUUAGUACCUAAUACGAGUAGAUCCCAGUUUUUCACCAGAAAGUUACGAACUUAAUAAUUAUUACAUGCUUAGUUAAGUGAUGCGAACUUUAUAAAAUGUAAAAUUUAAUUUAAGAAAAGUUAGCUAAUGAAUUUGUUGGCCAAUAUCUUGGAAUAGGUAAGUACAUAUACAUAAUUCCAGAAUUGAAUUUAUUCAUGAUGAUAGAAAAAAGAUCAAGUGUCACGUUCAUUGAUGAAUUGCAAUUAAUAGGUAGGUACCUAUUUGGCUCUUCAUCUUAAGAAAUUCUGUUUGGAAAUACAUAUAAACCUCUUUCGCUUUGAAUAAAACUAUUGAGGAUCAUUAUGUACAGUGUAAUUAUUUGAUAAAUCUGCUCAAGUUAUGCAUAUUUUUUCUAUCUAUUAAUUUAAUUCUUCAGGAACUUGAGGUUAAAAGAUCAUAUUCUUGCGAAAUAAGUUAUUCGUAUCUAUGGCAUUGAAAAUUUGCUAAAAAUUUCAACACUCAUUGAAAUUAUUUGUAUAUUAUAGAGAUACUCAUUAAAUAUUACGAAACUUGAUUAUAAAUGAUUUUUUUUCAAUCAAAUCUAUAUGAUAAGCGUACAUGAAGACUUCUUAGUUCUUAAUGAUACCUCUAGUGCUAUAAAUGGCAAGUGGAAGAGUCGUCAACUUCAAUAUAUAAUUUCAUUGACUUGGUUUGAAAAUUUUUCAAAAAUGCACACGUCAGUAUUUUUGAUAUUAUAGUUUACAUUACAACCCACAUCCAUUAACACAGUGGAAUGCUACGAACAAUUCGAAUGGAAUGGAUACCCGGACAUUGGCGUUGUUAGAGAAAAUAUUGGAUACGACGAAUAUCAAGAUUACGGAUUGGACAAUCAGGAUAUCAACAUACAAUUUCAUUCUCACUUGAACGUACCAGAGGCAAGAGCCAGCGACGAGUUGAAGAAUGGAACGGAACAAUCAUACGGAGUUUUGAGAAAAGCACAAAUAAUUCCAGUAUGGUAUUUUGACUCGGAUUCUGAAAAGCGUGAUUCUUGUACGGGCACGAAUGUCAUAUUGGUUUGGAGAAGUAUUGUCGAUGGACAACUGAAAAAUGUUGAUAGUUUCAUUACAUCAGUGAUUAGUUGUCUGAAAAAUUAUUAUCACCGAACAGAUCAGUCUGUUACCUUUGGAGCGCAUGGCGAAUAUGAACCAGUCAACUACACAUUAAAUGCGGAAUAUCAGCAAAUUCCAAUCCCAAAAAUAAUAUAUCGGGUGGUCCUAGGAUCGUACCUUUCUAGUACGUCUAAGUAUGCUGCUGUCAUUAUAAUUCACAAUGAACCAGCCUAUGUGCCAGACAGUGAUAAGUUAUGUGACAAUGAUGAGAUGCUGUCGGGCUGGGAUAUAAUCACAAGUGAUGAUCCAGAAAUCGGAUUAACAUAUGUAUGCGAGCUAACAGGAGAACUUGACAGUAAAUUAAAUAUUGGUGAAAGUGCAUCGACAUGCCCUUUACAACUGGAUGCAAUUCCUUACUCUGAGCAUCCUGAAUGGGAUACUACCUAUCCCAUACAAGACCAUGAUAUUACAUCUCAGCUUCGAAUAUUUUGAAAGAAUUUGUACAAAAUGAGAUCAAAACAGCCCGAAGUUGUAUGAUAGAAAAACAACAACAAUUUUGAUGCAAAAAGCCCACCAAAUUAGAACAGUUUUUCUUCACUGA